AUGGACCAAGAUGAGGUAGCUCGUUCGCUCGAGUUAGAGGACAAACUUGCCCAUAUCAGAGAUCAGAUUCAUUCAAAGCUGGAGAACCAAAAACAUGUGGCGAUCAUUCUCUCCGCUGUGGAAGAAAACAUGGCAGAGCAAAAAACUGAGCAGGCUGCUACGAAAAAUGUGGUGAAUUAUUCGGUAUCGCUAUUGGCAGUUUUGUCACAGGCAGUCGACCCAGAGACGCACGAGAUUCGCGAAGCACAGAUAGCUACGUCUGCCACCUAUCUGCUAGAUAUAAUGUUCAAAUAUGUGCCUGGGAAACUUCUCCGCUCGAAAUUCGCGGAAAUUUUGACCCAAAUUGCGCCUUGCAUCACAGACGAAAAUGCUAGCGCGCCGCUUAUAAGGCCCGCCAUUGGUUGUUUGGAGUCUUUGCUAGUCGCUCAAGAUUCACAAGCAUGGAACAAUACCCAGAACCUGUCCAUUGCCCCUAGUAGAGGUCUAAAUGGUCUCUUGGAAUUAUCACUGGACCCCAGGCCCAAGGUCCGCAAGAGAGCUCAGGAUGCCGUGAGCAUUAUCAUGGCCAACCCACCUGCUUCGCCAUCUGCCGAGCAUGUCGCUGCACCCAUGGUUGCAGAAUACACGAUCAACGCCCUUGCUGCCGCAGUGAAGGAAGCGUCAAGUGCUUCAAAUAAGAAGAUUCGUGCCCAAGGUGGUCUCAGUGAAAUCAACUCCAAAUCCAUUCAUAUCCUAAAGCUGAUUAAAGCUGUCGUUACAAGCAAACAAUGGCCUGUGGCCAGAUUCGACGUCUUAUGCGACCUUCUAUUGGAGAUCUCUCGCUCUGCUGACCAGUAUCUGGUUUCCAGCUCAUUUCAAUGCUUCGAAGCGCUAUUCGAAGCUAUUGGCGAGUCCGCUAUCAACUCAGGUCUUGCUGAGGACAAUUUCACAAGAGUCAUGAAAAUCAUUCUUUCUUUAAAGCCUUCAAAUACUGAUACUCAUUUGGCGACGGCCUGGAUGGCUGUGGUUUCAAAAGGAAUGACUGUAUUCGGUUCACACAAACCAGUGGAAACUCUAGAGAGCCUGCCUGAAAUUCUCAAGAUCAUGUCGCACUAUCUCUCCAGUGAAAUUUCAGAAAUUUAUCAAGGUGCGUGCCGAUGCAUUGAAAGCAUUGUGACAGAAGCAGUCUCGGAUGAUGUCCUUUUGCUUCCUCCACUCGUGGACGAAAGCGUUUACGAGAAGGUCGACGAGACAAUAUCUUUUCUUUCCGACAUGUUUGUCGACUUUCUGUCCAUCAAAUAUGCACACUGUGCCCAACAGGUGCUCGGUGUUUUAACCGUGGCUCUAAAAAAACUGGGCUCGAGAUGCAAUCCCGAUUUUUUGGCUCCAAUCGAGAUCAUUGGGGGCUGGAGAUCUAGCGAAGAUAGGUUUUUGGAACUACGAACCGAAAUUGAGACCGCAAUAGGCGUAGGUAUUAGUGCCGUUGGCCCAGAUGUGAUCUUGGGCUGUCUCCCUCUAAAUCUCAUGAACGCGACAAAUGAGAACCCAGGGAGAGCUUCGCUUCUUCCAUUGAUCAGAGACUACACCAGCAAUAGCCAUUUAUCAUUUUUCGUCAAAGAGCUAAUGCCUCUUAUCACGGCUUUUGAGGAUAGAGUUAAUACUCUUUCAGCAGAGUCCCUUCAAGGUAAAGUUUUCGAAACUGUCAUCAGUCAGCUGUGGUCCACAUUGCCUAACUUUUGUGACCUACCAGUUGAUGUGAGGGAUUCAUUUUCGGAUGAAUUUGCUUCAAAUCUUUCUUCGCUACUGUACGGCAAAGUUGAGCUGAGACCUGUCAUUUGCCAUUCGCUCAAAAACUUGGUGCAAACUAACUAUGAGUAUGCAUCUGGUCUGCAAGAAAGAACUAAAAUGGUUCAACAGCAAUUUCCUAUCAGUGAAGCCCAAAGAAAUGUAGAGUACCUCGGGACCAAGGCUUCCAAUUUGCUGGCCGUGUUAUUCAAUGUAUACACUCAAACAGCUGCAAAUGCGAGAGGGUAUAUUUUGGAUACUAUCGCUGCGGUCAUCAGGAUCACCCCAGCCCAAGAACUUGUUAAAACUUUCAAUAACGUAUGCGGAUUGUUGAAAAAGGCUUUCGAUGAAGAGCCUUCAAAGAACAAGGCAAAUCAACCACCUGUAAAGAUGAGUGCAACGCUUCUGGACUUAAUUAUAGUUAUGGCCAGUUUCGUGCCGGAGUCGUCUUACUCUGCUCUUUUCUCGAUUUUCAACAUCACUGUCAGCUCUAGCGAUGCUUUGACUCAAAAGCGCGCGUAUAGAAUUAUCAACAAACUUUCGGAAACUUCGAAAGGCUCCGAUGCGAUUCUGCAGUACAUUGAUGAUAUCGAGAGCGUCGUGAUCCAAAAUAGCAAGAAUGUUCACACUUCUGCCAGGGCGAUGCGUCUCAGUGCUAUCAAGAGUUUGGUAGAGCUCUUGCCUCUAAACAAUGCAGAGUUUUUGAUUCAGGUGGUGCCUGAAGUAAUCUUGGCAGUCAAGGAAAAUAAUGAAAAGUCGAGAGAAGCGAGUUUCGAUACGCUUAUUGCGAUGGCUACCAAAAUGAGCAAAGACGGUUGCGUAAUGCGACUUUCCAAGCUUCCUGGUUACGAGCCAACUACUCCUGAUCAGCCUGCUAGCGUAGCGGAAUUUUUCAAAAUUACCUCUGCAGGGUUGAUAGGAGAAUCACAACAUAUGGUUAGCGCUACAGUGACUGCUUAUUCCUGCCUUGUGUUUGAGUUUAAGGACCAAGUUUCGACCGACAUUCUAAUGGACAUUUACGACACAAUCGAGCUUUACCUGACAUCAAACUCUCGGGAGAUUGUAAAGAGCGCUAUUGGUUUCGCCAAAGUUUGUUGUCUGGCGCUACCCGAGGAAAUGAUGAGGCCUAAGAUUCCCUCUCUCUUGCCAAAGCUUCUACGUUGGUCUCAUGAGCAUACUGGCCACUUCAAGGCGAAAGUGAAGCAUAUCAUUGAGAGGCUCAUUAGAAAGUACGGUUACGAUUACAUUGACCAACACUUUCCCGAGGAGGACAAAAAGCUUCUCGUCAACAUAAGGAAAACCAGGGAUAGAUCUAAAAGGAAAGCGGCAGAAGAGCAGAACAACGUUCCUACGUUGGCGGAGCCCAGCAGCAAAGGUUCACGUUUCAUGUCCGCUUUGGAUGAAGCUAUUUACGAAUCAUAUAACGAUGAUGCGAGUGAAGACGAGAGUAAGCCGGGAAAGAAGGGUCGCGCUAGCCGCUUCAUUGUGGAAUCAAAAGAAAAUCCUCUUGAUCUGCUGGAUUCACAAACCUUGGCUCACAUUUCAUCAACGAGGCCCAAAAAGUUCGAGGGUAAAUCUAAGAGAAAGGCAGCUGGCGACGACGUUUUCAACUUCGAUGCAGACGGAAAGCUCACUGUAAAAAAUAAUGAGACUGGACGAGGUGAUGAGGACGUGUUAGGUUCCGCUACGAGCGGCAUUAAUGCUUACCUCGAAGCUGUUGAGCAAGGACCUGUACGCGGCCAGAAGAAUAGGCUAAAGUUCAAGAAGGGAAGUCAAGCCGACGGUAACGAUAUGAGUGACGAUGAUACUCGCGACCGGCCUAGCCGCUCUUCAGACGCCAAAGGCAAAAAGAUUAGCAAGAAGAGAGGUGGCCCUAAGUUCAAGUCGAAAAGAAAGCUGUGA